AAUUCACUAUAUAACCAAUGUUUCAUAUUCUGUAAAUCUUUGAGGAGGCUGCCUGGAAGCUUUGUGGACAGCACAUGAUAAUCAGUGAAUUCAGUGAGAUUAGUUUCUUACCAUCCUGAUGUUUUCUUUCUCAUUUAAGAGACUCUUACUAAUUGGUCUCGUAUCACUGCUGAGUGACGGCGAGGUGGAUGCAGGUGCUCAGUAUUCCUCGAAGGCAGAUUGGAUCAGUAGGUAGCUUUGGUGGUAGAAAACAUCCCCUGAACUUAGAUCUCUACACAGGGAGGAAUUUGGAGGCCUGGGGUUGUCAUGAUCACUCCUGAUGGGAAUGUGCUGAGGUAUUAAUGCUCUGUGUGCCAGUUUAGUGUUUGCAGCGUGUUAAAACCACACUCAGGCUUGGCUAGAAAGGAGACAAGGCUCAAUAUAAAAGUAACAAGGGUUAGAGUGUAUGACACCUGAAAGACGCAAUUACCUCAAAUACUUAAAUUUUGCCUUAACUGGUCAAAGAACUUCAUAUUUCUGUACCAAAACAAUUUGGGAUCUUGCUCUUUUCUCCUCUAAAAAAACUCCUGUUCAGAGCAUUCUUUUUAAGCUUCUUGACUUUCAGAAUUUCCUUCUGUCAUCCACCCCAGAGGACAGCUGUAGUUUGUUAAUUGGGGUGAGUUUUGCCAUUAUUCUGCCUCUUUGCAGCCUUGUUUUCCUUUCAAACCAAAGAAAAAGCCCUCAGAACUGAAUGAACCAUGGCACAGUGUUGUCUGUUCUCUCCAAGCACUGCCAACUUUCCUCACUGCUGAUUGCACUCAGCAGCUUUUUCUCCCAGGCUGCAGCUAAAAAAGGAUUUGUGAGGUGUCUAGGAGAACAAAAUCAAACCCAGGUGAGGACAAGGCCUGGCUGAGUGGCAGGAUGGAAGGGCUCAGAAGGUCAGAAGUGGUGUGGAUAAACACUGGGGAUGGUGCAAACACUUCAUGUGUAGUGUUUUAGGCCUUGAAAGAGGAUCACAGGUGCCUCAUGGAUGUCCCUCUGAAAUAAGCAUGUGGCUCUCCAGAUGCUUAUUAAUAACUCAAUAACCCAUAUCUUCCAGAUAAUCGUUAUGUACCUUCAGGUAUUAGAAUGUGAACGUAACCAACACCUGGUCCAGACCUCAUGGGUAGCCUCUGAGGGUAAGUGACUAAGACUUCUCCUCUGCUGCCCAUGGUGCAGGGAUAGCUGCCGUCUUCAGUCAACCCAAAGCUCUCCAAAGAGAAGGCUGGCUCUAGACAGGUGGUAUAUACAUGAUAGUAGAGUAACUGGCCAACUGCUUCUUGUGCUUUAUAAUUUUAUUUUUCACUCUGCAUUUUUUGAUUGUUUGUAUAUUUGAUAACCUGAGUGUUGAAGUUCUGAAAUUUUUGUUUUAAUGUUCUAUUUCUCUUAACUGUUAUAAUGUGAUGUGUUUCUUACAUGAUAAGGCAAAUUAAGUUGGGGUUUAGAUCUUAAAAAGGGAUGAAUUAACAAGAACAAAAAUUAAUAGUUUCCAUUUGUAAACUAGUAUAUGUGUGAAGCUUGGAGACAAAAUGUGGUAUUUAGAGACACUUCCCAGAAGCAUUGCAUGGAGCAGUGGAAUGGGGGUUUUGGACUGCCAGGAAUCUGCUGCUUGUGGGAGAUGGGGAGAUGAUGGGGAGGGAGGGAAUUAACCCAAUUGAGAAAGGGGUUAGACGUUACAAUAGCACAUCUGUGUGCUCGUGUUUGUUGCUUCCAGUACCCAAAACUGGUGGGUAUCCAGUAUAACUGGUUUUUGACAUGUGCAUUUUUACAACAUUACCUUUUUCUUAAGCUAUUGUGACAAGGAUUCAUUUCCUCCUGUGUCUGACUGAGCCCACGGGGAAGAGGCCAAACUUGGAAGCUGGCAUGGUUCUCAAUUUGACAAAUCAGAAAAAAAGCUUUGUAGCUUUCAGAUGUUUGGAGUCACCCUUUCCUUUAUCACUUCUUUGGCCAAAAAGUUUGUGCUCUCUUUGUAGUGGGACAAGAACUAGGUUUAGAAGUUCCUUUCUCCCAGAAAGAUGAGCUGAUGCUGUUGCUUUUUUGGGGCAGCAGUUGCUCUUUGUGUAAAUAAGAAUUGAGGACAGCUGGGGCAGGUGGGAGUUGGAAACUCCUGAGAUUCCAGUUCCUCUUCUCUGUCCUUGUAAAUGUUGCAUGUGCCUGGCCUGUGGUCUCUGCUUUGGAUAUUUUGGGGGUCAGUGAAUCUUUGUAUACUGGGUACCCAUAUGGUUAAUUUUUACUUUAAAGUAUUAUUUUAAGGAUUUUUAUUAUGUCUGGUUUUAGUUUUUCUUCAUCUGAUAUUUUACUGACGUAUGUGCUCCCAAGUCUAGAUCUUCUAAAUCACAUCAGCUGACAGAUUCACAGGCAUUUACUUUGUGUAUUUAAGAUUUAACAACAUAAUGCUUAAGUGUACUGACUAGAAUAUGUGCAAUAUUUUACAGUUUUCUCAUUCUGUGAAAAUUCAUUUUAAGCAACCUUACUGAAAUGGGACAAUUUGGAAACCUUAUUUCAUGUGCCAAAGAGUGACUGACUGUUCUCCCGAACUGAUGUUUCCAAACACCCUGAUUUCUCCUGUGGCUGACUUUUUGCAUCAAAAAGAAAUCUGUUCUGGAUGGAAAUGGACCCUUAAAUCCCACUGGAAGUUGACCUGUGCUGAGGAGGACUGCAUUUCAUGGGAGAACUGCUCCAGGAGCUGCAGCUUUUGCCAGACACUGGUUCUGCCCUAUUGCAGGGGAACAUGUGAACCUAAAAUUCUAUAACUGAGUAUUUCUGAGCACACUGUAUGUUGUCUUGAUGAAAAUAACUUGUUUAUUGCAUGAGAGCAGGCCAGUAGAGAUCCAGCAGCAAAAGUGAAGUUAAAAUUGGUUCUCUUCUCACCACUGAAUUUUCAGCAGUCAGACUUUGUUUCUGUCACACAUCCCUCCCCUUGAGGGAUUUAUUUUUAGUUAUUUAUUUUAUUUUUGUAUCAGUAAAAUCAUUCAGCUUUUCUGUAGAUUUACAGGAAUGUCAUGUUGAAGUCUAGUAACUUAAUGCAGAAAUAAAUAGCCCUUGUAGAUGUAAAACCAAGUCAAAAACCAAAAAAAAAAAAGAGCCCCAAAGAGUUUUGCAGUGCCUUGCAAUCUCCUGCUCUCCUGUUUUUCAGGAACUACAUGAAUGACAGCCUGAGAACAGAUGUCUUUGUGAGGUUCCAGCCAGAAAGCAUUGCCUGUGCCUGCAUUUACCUGGCAGCCAGGACACUGGAGAUCCCACUUCCAAAUCGCCCACAUUGGUUUUUACUGUUUGGAGCAACAGAGGAAGAAAUUCAAGAAAUUUGCUUAAAAAUCUUGCAGCUCUACACAAGGAAAAAGGUGGAUUUAUCUGAUCUGGAAAGUAAAAUAGAAAAGAAGAAAUUGGCUAUUGAAGAGGCAAAAGCACAAGCAAAAGGUCUGGUACCUGAAGGAGUUCCAAGCUUGGAUAACACAUCAGGAUUCUCCCCUAUCCCAAAAAAUGAGUCUCCAAAAGAGGUUAAAGGGAAUAAACCUUCACCACUACCUGUGCAGGCCAUGAAGAAUGCUAAAAGGAAAACUGAGGGAGCGAAGAGAACCAGCUCCAACAGCCCAGUAAAUGGUGUCCAGAAAGGAAGAGAGAGCAGGAGUCGAAGUGGCAGCAGAGAUCAGAGUUAUUCCAGGUCACCAUCGAGAUCUGCAUCCCCUAAGCACAGGAAAAGUGAGAGUUACUCCACGUCCAGCGGCUCCAAAUCCCACAGCCGCUCGCGGAGCCGCAGCGAUUCUCCCCCGAGGCAAUUCAACCACAGCUCCGGCUACAAGGGCUCCAAGGUGCGGAGCUACAAGAAAUCCAAAGACUACAAAUACUCGACGCACAAAGCGCGCGAGUCGCGCAGCCGGAGCUCAUCCCGCUCCCGCAGCCGCUCCCGCGAGCGCUCCGACCACUCGGGCAAGUACAAGAAGAAGAGCCACUACUACCGGAACCACCGGCACGAGCGCUCCCGCUCCUACGAGCGCACCGGGCACCGCUACGAUCGCGAACACCCGGGGCACAGCCGGCACCGCCGGUGAGCCCCAGGGCUGCUUCUGGGGGGAAUCCCUGCUGGUGAGCCCCCAAGCUGCUUCCAGGGCUGCUUCCCGAGGAAAUUCCUGCUGGUGACCCCUGGGGCUGCGUCCAGAGGGAGUUCCUACUGGUGAGCCCCAGGGCUGCUUCCAGUGGGAAUUCCCUCUGGUGAGCUGGGGUGGCUUCCUGAGGAAAUCCCUCUGGCACCUGAGCACAGAGCUGGGAAUGCCCACUGGGGCUGCUUUCUGAGGGAUUUCCCUCUAGCACCCGGGCACAGUUGGUGAGCUGGGGCUGCUUCCCUCAGGAAUUCCAUCUGAUGCCAGUGGUGAACCAGGGCUUCUUCCCUCAGAAUUCCCUCUGCCAGCAGAGCUUGCUCCCAGUGGCUUGUGCAGUACCAGGGUUUAUCUGGCUCCUGAAGCACCCCUGGCUUGAGCUAUGUUCUGCCAGCAGUUUGUGCUCAUCCAUGAAUCCAAAGGAAAGAUUAAUGGGGUAGGAAGUGAUAUCAGGAGUGCCCUGUGCUGGGGUGUCACUAUCCACCCUCAUUUGGUGCUCCUGUCUUGCUCUUGAGUGAUUUCCAUACCCAACGCAGUGCAGUGUUUGGGACUUCCAGUCCUGCAGGCAGCAGCUCCAUGGCCCAUCCUUCGAAUGCUGUGCCCAGCAGUUCUUACCUGUGGAACUGGAAAGCUCCUCAGCCCCCUGGGAGUGCUUUGGUGCUAACAACAUCCUCUUUUCAUACUGGCUCUAUGAUGUUGUGCAGGUGGGAGGUGACUUUUUUUAGACCUGUUGCCUAUAUUAGGUUCUCUGUGUAUAUAUAUUUUGCAGUGUUACAGUACAGUAUGGGAAAAUGGCCUUCCUAGCAUUUACACUUUACCCACAAUGUAAAUAAGCAUUUGUUUAAUACAGGUGAAGAUAUAUACAGAAAAUUCAAAACUUGAAUUCUAUCAAAAAAGACUUGUGUAGAAAAUUCUGAUAAAUGUGAAAGUAUGUAGCUCUGUGCAUUGAGAGUAGUAUAUUUUUAUCUGUGCAAUGCUGUGUGCGGGCCACCAGCUUGGAAGACAUUUCCUAUAUAUCCAUUUGAAGUGGUUGAAAAUUCUUUACUCAGGAUCUUUGACACUCUGAAGAAUUCGUAGUUUGUCAGUUUGCAUGCUUGAUGAACAGAGCAUUUAAAAACCAAUUAGCAGAGCCCCACAGCCCAGUAGUAUCAGUUCUAGUGGUAUAUCUGAGCUGUUACUCUCAUGCUCCCUAAUUUCAUUAAAGUAUUUGAUUUUCUAUUACAUUCA